CUCGUUCUGAGGGCGCCGGAUCCAGUAUCUAAAUUCCAUGACAUCAAAAAUGCAUCAAGAGGGAAAAGUCGGAGAUCUACUUGCCCACAGGUUCGAAGAACUGGGGGUCAAGGAUUAUUUCGUUGUUCCUGGUGACUACAAUCUCGACCUCUUGGACCAGCUACUCCGCAACCCUCGCCUGCGCAUGGUCAACUGCUGCAAUGAGCUGAACGCCGGAUACGCAGCGGACGGCUACGCCCGUACCAGCGAUACCAAGAUCGCCGUUGUCGUAGUCACAUACAUGGUUGGGAGCAUGUCGGUCCUGAACGCCAUUGCGGGAGCCUACUCGGAAGGCCUGAAGGUGAUUGUGCUCUGCGGAGGUCCUGAUUCCCGGAAUUACGGCCACGGGGGGAGGGUCCACCACUCGCUGGGUCUCGCAGACAAGGAACAGUCCUUGCGCAUGUUCCGCAACGUCACCUGUGCUUCAAUUCGUCUAGACAAUGAUAGCUGUCCCCAGGAUAUCGACAACGUUUUGCAGAAGUGCCGCAGCGCCUCAUUGCCGGUCUAUAUUGAAAUUCCCGUCGACCUUGUCCAUAGGGAUUUUGUUCAGACGUCCUGCAUCGCCCCGAUUCCUUGCGCUGAGGCUGCACCAACUUUGGAUCAGAACGUGAAAGCGAUUGAUCUUUUCAGGGACACAUGGAUGGCUGCGCAAGGGCCGGUCAUUCUAGUGGGAAGUGGAUUGCGCAGCGUCCUGUCUGUGGAAGCUAUAGAUCGCCUAGUCAGUGCACUAGGGUGUGCUGCGUUUUAUCUACUGGACGGGAAAUCUCGAAUCAGCGAGACCCAUCCACAAUGUGGAAAACUUUUCUGGUCCAUUGUCUCUGAUCCGGGUGUGGAAGAAACAGUCAGGGCGGCUGACCUGUGGGUCACCCUGGGAUGCCGCUGGAACGACCUUCACACCCUCAAGGCGAUAGAUUUGGAAAAAGAGCGCAGUCGCAUGCUCGCUAUUGAUGAGAGCUCAAUACAGCUUCCAGAUGGGCGUGAGCUCACCAAUAUCUGCACCAAGACAUUUGUAGAGUCUCUUAUCAUGUCAGACAUCCCGGCCCGCUAUGCGUCGGACAUCACUCUGCACAGCAAUAUCUGCGAGCACCAUCGCCGAGAAGGCACGGCGAAACAGCACAAUGCAUCCCUCGACGUUGAAGUGUGCCUCGACGACAUCGUGGAAGCACUCACUGGCUUUGUUAGCCCAGCAGAUACAAUCAUUGCCGACGCUGGUGAGAGCUGGUUCGCGGCAAGCCGCGUUCGGCUGCCCCCGCAAGCAGACUUUCAGGUCCAACUGUUGUAUUCAUCCACCGGGUGGUCUCUGCCCGCCGCGAUGGGAUGCCAACUUGCUCGGCCAGAUGGCCGGGCCAUCGUCGUCAUUGGGGACGGCAGCUUCCAAAUGACGGGCCAAGAACUCAGCACUAUGAUCCGCUAUAGGCUCAAUGCCAUUGUCGUCAUUGUCAAUAACUCGGGUUAUCAAAUCGAAGAUGCAAUCCACCACGGUCCAUAUAACCGGAUUGGAGGCUGGGACUACACGGCCUUUGCAGAAGCUGUUUGGAAGGGCUCAUGCUCAAAAUCCGACUCUGAACCGCACGCGAUGUUUGCUACGAAGAUCACUUCACAGAGGGAACUCCAUGAAGCUUUUUCUCGGGCACGCGAACAACCUCAGGCACUCGCAUUGCUGGAAUGUUGUGUUGAUCCGGCCAAAGCCAGCGCGGUGGUUCAACGCUUUGGAGCGACGCUUGUUCGCAAGUAAGACAGUA